GCUAGGCCUUGUUGAGAAGUCGGCUUUCAAUCAAAACUCGAUGUGGCGGUAUUGGCUUGUAUUACCUCCUCAACAAUUUUCUUGCAUGUACUAAAGCUAAUAUUCGCAUUACUUAAGGCGUAAGCUAUAGUUACCUUGAAAUGAGAUGUCGGCCUUAUUCAACUUCCAAAGCUUGCUUACUGUAGUUCUCCUACUGAUUUGCACCUGUGCAUAUGUCCGGUCACUGUCCCCGAGUCUACUGGACAAAAACAAGGAAGGGUUUUUGGGCAUCUUCUGGAAGUGUGCGAGGAUAGGUGAAAGAAAGAGUCCAUGGGUUGCAGCUUGUUGUGUCUCCAUGGCUUUCAGCAUCUUGUUCUUGCAGUAGAUUCUACGCAGUCAUCAAAAUGUUGAUUAUUGCUGUCUUCCUGAGAACUCCUGCUCUGUACAUUGCACCCCUUUGCAAAUCUUUCGUGCUAUGUGUUAAAAGAUGAUGAUGUAGAAUGUGAACUUUUGUGCAUAAAACCUGUUUUUAUACCUGAA